CUAGCUUCUGCGUCGUGGAAGGCUGGAACAUCCUGUCAAAAAACGGCAGCGUUUCCCUCUCAGAAGUCCGUCAUUUUCUGGGCCGGAAACAGCUCGCUCCGCCCAGCAUUUCUACAAAAUCGAAAAGCAAACCGAUCGCAGAAAUCCUCUCCCUCACACUCUCCACCCAAAGAAACGCAAAGGGGCAAACGAACGGGGGAAAUGCCUAAGCUGCAACCCUUCACGACGGCGUCGAGCAUGCUCCGCCAACGGCUGGCCGGCUCCCUCCGCACGCGGAGCGGCGGCGCUUCGGGAUGGACGACCCCAGGGCACGAGGAGCGGCCCAAGGGUUACCUAUUCAACAGGACGCCGCCACCGCCGGGACAGUCGCGCAAGUGGGAGGACUGGGAGCUCCCUUGCUACCUCACCAGCUUCCUCACAAUCGUCAUCCUCGGCGUCGGGCUCAACGCCAAGCCCGAUCUCACCAUCGAGACCUGGGCGCACCAGAAGGCCCUCGAGCGCCUCGAGAUGGAGAAAUUGGCUGCCGCUGAAUCCGAUUGAAACAGAAGAAAAGGGGUAAUGGGGUUUCCUCUUGGGGUGUGAAAUCUUCCCUCAGCGAUCCAUCGAGACAGUGGUUCGUUUGGUUUUUAUGUUUAGUUGUGUUGAUAAUGUGUAGCCGAGUAAUAAAAGUUUUCGGAACCUUUGAUUUUGACGACAAUUGGGGGCUUUCUUCUGGAGCUCUUUUGCGCAUGUGUUACAUUUACUUUUGGACCUGAUUUCUGGGCAUUAUAAGUUUCGAAAGAGAUGUUAUUUACUUAUGAAUGUUUUCCAUCUAAUUGCAUUGCCAGUGCUGCUGAAUCUGGUUAUCUGGGUUCGAUUUGUCUUUCAGUUGGUGAAAUUGGGCUGCUUUCUUAUCGCUGAUUUACUUGUUUUUGAAUGGUGUUGUAUGGUAAAUAUUUUCAAUUGUGGCAUAAGGUCCAUGGCGACAGACAACCUGAUCCUGCUUUGGGGUAAUUGAUGCUGGUUUUGUGACUUGCAGUUUGUUUCUUUGGUGAACCUAACCAGCUUAAGAUGCUUGCCUUUGCCGUGCUUGUUGCCUUGUCAUGGACAUCAAUCAUGGCUAUGAAUUAAGCUGACAUGGAGCUUGUUUGUAUCUGUCUUCGGCCAACUUACUGGUAGAGGUUCCUUUUAAAAGUACUAGUUAACUUUAGAUAAUAUUAUGUGAUGGCUUGAACAUUGAUAUACUGGUGGUAUACCUCUGGAUGAUAAAUUCUAGUGCAGCUACUUUCUUACCAUUUUGAUUUCUACUCAGCAUCCUUUUGAGUUUAAUGUUCUACUGGUCGGCUAUGUGUGGUACAUGCAUACUGUUUUAAGUAAAAAGACUGGGGUAAAGCUCUAAUCUCUUGUUCGUCUGUGACUCUUGGCACUCAUUUUGUCUUCUGAAGUGAGAAACUUCAGUGCAAGUACUAUGUUCCCAGUUCGAUGAUGACUUAGAGUCCUUUGACUUUAGUAUUCCGCUGGGUUAUAAUAUGCUAUACACAUACUGGUUAAGGUAGUUAGACUCAGUAAAGCUAGAAUCUGUGAUCUUCGUUUCUCUGUGGCUCCUGGCAAUCAUUUUGAGGCUUUCCAAGGAUACAAGCACAAUUUUGGAUUUACUUACCCUGGCUUCUGAAUUUACCAAAGUAUUAGCAUGAUGAUAUGUUUUAGCCUCCAGUACCACUAGGGUUCAUGAAUAUUCGAGUUAUGCCAAGUUAGAUUGAGAAUUCUUUGGAGGGUUUAUACUUUAUAGUCACUUUCGGAAUAUCCAGUUCAGUCAGGUGUGUGUACCCUACUUUGGCUUUGCUUGGGGUCAAAUGAUUUGAAUGGCUGUCUAGUAUGGUUCUGCAAAUUUCUCCAGAAGGGUCAUUUGCUACAUGUGGAUGCUUGCAGAGUGCUAAUAUGAUUCUUAUGGUGUACCUGAUUAGGUUUCAACCUAGGACUCAGUUUGAGUUGAUUAGGCUUUUAGAAACCAGUUUCAUACAUUGUUUGAAUUCAUGUUCGCUUUAUCCGUGCAUUGUGAUUGCUGAUCGCGUCCACGUUUUAUACUUGAAUUCCGUUCUGGCUCGGAGAUUCUAGUCCUCCAAUCAAACAACUAGUAUGCAAGUUAUAAAUUGUGUUGGCAUAUUGCAGUAAGCUCGUACGAUUGUGCCUUUUCUCUUCUACUUUGCAGCUGUUUUUUGCACUGAAUAUCUGCUCGUGUUUUAACCAGCACUUGGAGAAGAGCCAGCUGUUUGGUUCACAUGGGUAAUCGCUAAGUUCUUCACUUAACGGUUUAGGAGGAUAACAAAGAUAUUGAUGCAGG